AUGCGUCAACACGUUAUAUUGUGGACAGUUUCUAUAGUGAGUGAAGUGUUAAAAACUUUAGUUAAAAGUGGUGUAAUUGACGUGAUGUCUAAACAAGUCGUGAAGCUACUAAAUUUUUCCAAAAAAAAUUCAAAAGUGAAAAUGUUUUGUGUUUCCUCGUUGGAUGAGCUGCUAUUGAAAGGUGCUACUGCAUUUGCCUUAAACGGAAUUUGUGAAAUCGUUACAAGCUCAGAAGACAUUCUUUCGGACGACGAAGUUUUGUUUAUGCUGAAUUGUCAAUCGGAGUUUCUCUAUAUUCGAUUAAGUCAAUCUGAAAAUGACGGACAACAGAGUAACGAGACCGUAAAAGAGGCCGGGCAUCAGAGUAUUAUCGAGGCCGGGAAACAGAGUAAAGAAACCGGACAGGAGAAUAACGUGGUAGAGCAACAGAGUAACGAGACUGGACAGGAGAAUAACGAGGCGGGACAAGAGAAUAACAUGGUAACGUGUUUCCCCGUUGAUGAUAUUCUUAAACAAGGAAGAAUUGGUGUUAAAGGAGAUACAGCUAUUGAAAUAAUCGACCGACUCAAAGCAGUGGACUACCCCAAAAGUCGUUGCCUUGACAAAGAUCACUUUUUUCUUGUUAAGGCCACUGGAACUUGGUUGAUGAAAAAUUGUGAAAAACGCGAAAAUUUCCCUACAUUCAACGAAAUUUUAAAGAUGGCCAAAUCAAUUGUCUCUUUCUUUCCAUCAGCUGGUAGUUUCAACACUGAAUCACCGUGGGAUUUGUUUUUUGACGAUAAAACUCGCAAAGGUUCGUUAGAGUCCUACAUGAGAGGGAAACGAACAAGGAAGCAGCUUUCAGAUAAACGUUCAAAUAAGCGGCCCAAAACAGUCUUUUUGUGUCCUGAGGGGGAUUCUUAUACGGAAGAUGAAAUAAGGGAAGCAGAGGAGUUCAUGAGAUUUACACAAUUAGAUUCCAAUGACACAAGAAACCCCAAUUGCAGCAAAAUGCUUCGUUUGAUGAAAGUAAGAGACGAAUUUUUUCGUUUAAAAGGGAGUACUUUGGAAACUUUUGCUUCAAAUUGGCGGAAAGCAGAAUGUAAAAUAAUAGAAUUUUGUAAACAGAAAUUUAUGAAGAGUUUAGCCGUCUUAGAUAUCUUAAGGAAGGCAGAGGAAGCUGAAGAAAACUUUGAUAUUCCUGGACGCAUGAAAUGUGUCUUAAAGUUGACACUGCAUGCAGCAGCCAAUACGCAACCGUCCCAAAACAAAAAAGGAUCAACUGCUGACGGAUGGAAUCUUCUGUACCAGUCAUUCAAUGAAAUUCUUCUUCCGGAGGAGGCUGCAAAUCGUGCUAGCGACAUGGAGUUGCCUGGUGUCUUGGACAUAAAUGGGGCAUAUUACAUCAAGAUCGACAAUUCGGCUGUAGCUCUUACUGAAACGAAAUCUUUUGAACAAUCAGUGGGUUAUUUGCUAAUGUACUAUCACAUCCUAGACAUCAAUUAUCCUGCAAAAUUGAAAUUUGUUUAUGGAUUUCUUGAAACUAUGUUUGAUAUUGUCCCCUCAAUGAAUCCAUCCAAAAAAAUGAAAGAUUUGUGUUCCUUUGUUUUCAAUUGA